AGUUGAAUCGGCAAUGUAGCAUCGAUCGCGCUAUUAGAAGAUAAAGUGAUUUUAUUACUGUUUUGAAGAUUUACGACUUGGGAUCAACAUGAAGUUAGCGUCACAUAAAGUGAUCGCGUUAAUGAUCACACUUGCAUUCAUUGCCACGCCCACUUUGGGGUACUUAAAUAAAUCGCAAGAAUUAGAAACCCCAUCCACAAACAAUAAAUGCAUAUUAUCAAAAGGCUCGCUUGGCGAAUGUGUCGAUAUCAGUAAUUGUUCGAUUAUUCUAAACGAGCUGAAGGCAGAAAAGGUCGAUCCUAAGAUUAUCAAAUAUGUAAAAGAUUCGAAUUUGAUUUGUGGCCAGAUUGGUCAUAAUGUCUGCUGUCCCAAAGAGAACUCUUUAGUGGAGCCAAUUCCACGUCGUUUGCCCACCGAGGAAGAGAAAUGUGGUAAACAAAGAAAUGUUACAUUCAAGAAGCUCAUUGGGGGAGGCAAUGCCAAAAUAGGUGCCUGGCCAUGGAUUGCGCUACUCGCCUACGAUUAUGGAUCCUCAUAUCAAUUCAAGUGCGGUGGCAGCUUGAUCACAGCGAGACAUGUUUUAACAGCAGCUCAUUGCAUACUUGAUGAACUUAAAUUUGUGCGUUUAGGUGAGCAUGAUCUCUCCACGGAUACGGAGGCUCAACAUGUGGACAUAAAUGUAGUUAAGAAAGUAGUUAAUCCACAUUACAAUAGACUCACUCGUCGUGCUGAUCUUGCGAUCAUCUAUUUGGAGCGCAACGUGGAGUUUUCAGAAGUAAUCGUGCCCAUUUGUUUGCCUAAUACUCCUAGUCUGCGAGCAAAGUCACAUGUGGAUUUGAAUCCCAUUAUCAUUGGGUGGCGCACAAAUCACGGAGAAUGUCAAUCUGAGAAUAUCAUACAUCAGGUGCAGGUGACUGUCUGGGAAAAUGAAGUUUGCCAUAGUAGUUAUAAAAAAGUAAAUCAAAGUUUUACUGAGGAUCAGUUCGAUGGCGCCGUUCUCUGUGCGGGUGAUGUGCUUGGUGGAUGGGAAGCUUGUCUAGCGGACUCUGGUGGUCCGCUCAUGGCUCCCGAAUUAAAUGGAACGACAUUUAAAUACUAUCUGAUUGGAGUUGUGGCUUACGGCUGUGGCUGUGAUGCACAAAGUGCUCCUGCUGUUUAUACGAGCACUCAGUACUUUAUGGACUGGAUAAUCGAGAAGGUGCAGGACACGCCUUGAGUUGGAAGUGGAAUUUUGUUAUAUUUAGUGGUUUGUUCUGACU